CUGACAAAUGACAGCUCGGACAACUUGAACAACCAACAUGAAUCAACAAAUAAUUGUAUAAAAAUCUGCCGGUUUGUUUCUCAUUUUGCCCGAUUAUUUCCCCUCAUAAAUAAAAGUUACAUACGAAACACUACUCUUAAUUCAAAACAAACAAGUUGUUUCAAUGGCUGCAGAUCCGCUGUACGGCUGGGAUCUUACAUAUAAAACAGUAGAAAAAGAUAUCAAAAAGAAGUCUGAUGUGCUUGUCACGUUUAUUCAUUGGAAUCUUACAAAGAGAGGAUUUCGAACUAUUGGUAUAGGAGAUGAGCGAACAUUAACGGGAGAUGAAGAUAAGAGUGAACUGUUGCCUACAGGAUGGAAUGACAAUGAGAAUUACACAUUGAGAUAUGUCCUUGAUGGCAAGCUUUACAUCCUGCAUGGGUUGAACACUGAUGGCAAUUUGAUCAUUAACUUAAUGAGGUCUGAAGAUUUGCAAGUUUCAAACAUUGCUCUAAAAACUGAUGACACGGUUAAGGAAAUGAGCGGGCCUAUAAGCAAGAUGAUACCAGAUCACAAAGAUUUGAUGUUCAACAUCAAAAGAGAUCUCGUAGAUACUAUCACUUCAAAACCAACUACGUCAACAGAAACGCAAACAACUAGAGUUGAAUCAAACAAUAGAAUGCCACCAGAUGACCCCCUGAGAGUUCCCAGACCUCAGCCAAAUGUCCAGCCAGAUACACAUCCAUGGGAUAUGCCGCCGUCUCCUCUUCGUGUGGGUCGGUCCGAUUUAGACCCGUUUGCGCCCGGCGGCGGAGGCAUGUUGUUCAACCCGUUUGGACCCGAUCGGAGAAUGCCUGAUGAUCCUGGCAUGGGGAUCCCUGGAGGAUUGCCCAGAGGAUCAGUGCCACCCGGUGCCCGUUUCGACCCAUUUGGACCGCCCGGAGUGGGCCCUAGGCCCGGCCGCCGCCCUCCUCCGCCUGAUGCGGACCAUCUCCCACCUCCAGGCUUCAACGACAAUAUGUUCAUGUAGCAAGUUGUGAUUCAAACGUUUCAAUUUCACAUGUAGUUUAUGAGAAAAAUACAAUAAACUUGUUUUACAUUAACAA